AUGGCGAUAAAGCAUCCAACAAAAGCAAAAGAAAGAAAACAGCUAGCACCUCUGAACCUGGUCCACCACCAUGGAGUUACCCUCUCCAAGGUGUACUCCAAUGACGUCAAAUAUCUACACUCCAUCGUUUCCAACUCUGCUAAUUUGAAGAAAGACAACAUGGACAUGAAUCCCUUUAUGCCUUUCUUUGAUAAUGCAGAGACCAACGUGGAGCAACUUGAUGAUGCAAACUUGAUCUUGACGCAAAAGGGUAAGCUAUCUUCAGUUCAAAUUCUAAACUUUGACAUUUAUGAUUUGGUGCUACAAGAAACAGAGAGAAAAGGAGAAGAGUGA